AUGACAGAAGUGGCAUCAAUUUCACCAAGCUCACAGGGGCCAGCAACAGUGCUGAAACCUACCACUGCUAAACCAAUCGCCCCAACAACACGACUACAACCACCACAAACGACCACCAGUAAUAACCACCUUGCUAUAAAACCAGCACCACAGGUUAUCAAAACUUCAAAGGAUUGGGUUUUGCCACCUAGGCCAAAACCAGGUCGUAAAUUGAAAGAGAAGGAGUCGGGAGCAGUGCUGCUAAAGAAGAGCAAGAAAUCACCAGCAAAGAGUAAAAAGACACCAUCAAUAUCAACAUCGACAUCGACAUCGACAUCCACAAACACGAACACUGUCAAUACUGGUGCUGUUGCUGUUGCCAAUAACAAUAACAACAUCAAUGCAGUCACUGGUACUCCACGCACACCAAAAUCACAUUCAAACACAUCCACUUCAAAUACCGCAAAAACUCCAGCUUUGUCAUCUGAUAUUUCCACCAUCUCAGCACUCUUGAAGAAUAUCUCUAUUAUUGAUGCAGAAAACAACCAACUCAAGUCCAGUUUGUUAUGCCUUAUCCACGAAUACAAACACUUGAAACAAUCAAUAUUUGAUCCAUCAUAUACAACUCCUGGCGCUUCUGCUAGUACUACUACUACUGCUGCUAGUACUACUACUACUAGUACUGGUGCUGCUGCUACUGCUGUUGCUGCACCUGCUGUUGCUGCACCUGCAUCAUUACCAAUUACUAUUGCAAAUCCAGAGGGAGACGAUACCAAUCGUGCCAAGAUUGAUUCACAGGUUCACAAGCGAUCAUAUGAUGAAUACUUGAUGCUUUCUGAAGGUGACAAAAUUGUUGCCAACAACCAUCAACAAGCGUCCAUUGGCAAUACUGAAGUUGUCGAGAAGGAUAUUGGUAUUGAUGACACAAAUGAGUUAUCGAGAUUACUUUCCCCCGCUGCACCACACAAUAUGGAAUCAGACAACUCGUGCUUUAGCACAAAGUUUAGUACACUGGACAAUACUGCAGCAGGUACACCCCAGCCAUUUGGUAAUGAAGAUGGCGUCAUUUCUGAGUUUGAUGAAUUUAUCAAGAUGGAUGACGAAGUGGAGAGGGAGCACCUGCUCAAGAGAUGCAAAACCAAUGAUGAUGCGCAAAACAGAACUACAACUGCAAGAUCAAGAUCGAACAGCAACAAGUUUAACUAUAAAAGCUACAAGCGUGGAGGAAUUGACGACAAGGAUGAAGAAGAAGAUGAUGAUGAUGUUGAUGAGGAAGAAUCUGAUUUGGACAUCAACUUUGACGAAGAGGACGAGCAUUCAUCAUUGUCUCGUACCACGUCGCCAUACUCUUCUGAUUACGAAAACAACUCGAUUAUGAGCACAUUGACUAGGUCAACUACUGUAAGUUCGGUAGGCACAGUGGUUCAUGAUAAGCUGCAGUUGCACUCUCAAUUACAGAUGACACUGCAACUGCACCAACAAUUGCACCAACAACUGCACCAACAAUUGCCACAUCACAAUGUGCUAAACUAUUCCAAUCCACUAAUGAACAGUGUCAAUGUGAUUCAUCCGCCACCAAUGACCCUCAAGAAGAUGGGCACUUUUUUCGAUUUACCAAAGUAUGAGGAGAAUUCAAUGAAUAAACCUUAUAAGUUCCAAUUUGAUUCAUUGAUGGGUGAUUGUGGUGUGGAAAAGAAAAGGGUUGGUGCUGACGGUGGUGGUGGUGGUGGUGUUAGAGGACAAUAUGUAGAUGAUGCUUAUUAUCAGAUUACAGAUUAUCUUGCAGAAACGUCGUUGAAUAACCAUUUGAGUUAUUAUGAUUUGGAUAUGGACAGUAAUGAGUACUUGGCAGGUGAUGCCAAUUUGAAUGCAAAUACAAGUGUUGGCGGAAAUGCAGAUGGAACAUUAUCUUUAUGA